AUGGCUGCCGACACCCCCGCAACAAGACGACCACGUAAGCGCCGCCGCCGCGCAGCGUCGUACUCGACUUCGUCGGACGAGGACAGUGACUCGAGCGCGAGCGAGAGCGAGAAGGAAGACGAGGAGAAGAUGGAUGUGGACAAGUCGUCCUCGAGCUCAGAGUCAUCCGACUCGUCCUCGUCGGACAGCUCGUCGGACAGCUCGGACAGUUCGGACUCAGACGACUCGGACUCGGACUCGGACGACGACGCAGCCAAGGCCAAGGCCAAGGCUGCCCCCAAGGCUAAGGCUGAGCGGCCGCGCCAGCCGACGCUCUCGCCGUCCCCUCCGCCGCGCGAUAUCCCUUCUUUCCUCGCUACGGAAGGGGAGGAGGAUGACCGGCGCGCAAGGUUCAAGCGCGUGUAUAUGGGGAAGAUUGUUGAGGGGUUCGGUGGGGAUUUGGAGACUAUGCGUGCGUCCGACCCCACGCUCGGCCCAAGCCGCCUGCAGCUGCUCAUCGACUCGCUGGCGGCUGGCGUCGACGUGUUCGCGGAACCCAGCGGGGACCAAGGUGUCGACGAGGUCGGCGUGAUCCUCAACGAGGGUGCGUAG